AUGGAAGGAACAAGUACCCAAACAGAUUAUAAUGAUGAAGAUAGAUUCAGUAGGUUACAUGAUAGCGUAAUCCAUUAUAUCUUGUCUUUUAAUGAUACUAAAUGUGCAGUACAGACUUGUGUUCUGUCCAAAAGGUGGAUUGAUGUUUGGAAAUCUCUACCAUUUCUCAAUUACAAUAGGAGUUCAUUCCCAAACGACAAAAAACAUCGUUUCAUAAAUUUUGUAGACAUGGUAUUCCUUUGUCACCGCCAAGACUAUGAUAUUCAGAGGGUUAAUGUGUGUUGGGAAAACUCUGGAUUUGAUGAUUUAGUGACAACAAAUGUUAAUAGAUGGAGAGUUAAUGCCGUUCACCAUAAUGUUCAAGAAAUAAGUAUAGUAAUCGAUGACUACUUGCAUAAUUUGGCAUAUGAAAUUCCUUACCAUCUCGUUCAUUGUCAGUCACUGAGAAAGCUGGAAAUUCGAGUAUCUUAUAUUGCCGGAUAUGUCAAUAUUAUUCUACCAAGUUCCAUAAAUUUACCUCGUCUUAAGGAAAUGGUGUUAUCUGGAUUUUCAAUCUCCAAUCUAGAAUUAUCUGGAAGGCUCUUUUCGAGUUGUCCAGUUCUUGAAACAUUGGACAUACUUGGUUCUGAUGUAACAAUUGAUAAUGGAAGGAAUUUGAUUGUUGAUUCUCCCAGCCUUAAGAGGUUUGCAUACAGUUGGUCGCGUAGAAAUCUCUUGCCUCAAAAUGAUAUUAAUGCUAACAUUAUCAACUUAUGUGCUCCAAAUCUGGAAGACUUCUUUUGCAGUUUCUUCUUCACAGUUGUGUUUAUGGAGUGUCUAUGGGGGAAUUGUUGGUCAAUUCUUUCAUAG